GUGAAAGUGAAGAACAAAAGUGUUCCAAGAUUUUGAAGAGUAAUGGAUCCUACUGAUCCAUCGUCGAUCAUGAAACUUAUUAAUGAUUUAUGCUUCGAUGACAAUGGCGGAAGCACUGAUCAGAAGGAGGAGGAGGAUAAAGAAGAAGAAGUAGCAGAAAAAGAAACCGAGCUGGAGAAUACAAUAGUCAUCGAACCUGAACAGAGAAGAAAAAAACUGAUCGUGCUCGGCCUCGGUGGAUUACUCGUUUAUCGAGUCUACUGGUACGCCGAAAACCGUAUCUCUCAAAGUCAAACCUUCCGCUGUCCAGAUGGAAUCGCCGGAAACUUUCUAGUUUUCAAGAGGCCUUUCUGCGAUGAUUUCCUUAGGUUCUGUUUCGAAAGAUUUGAAGUAGCGUUAUGGUCUUCGGCAAGGAGAGACAAUGUUAUGUCUGUUCUUCAUGCUAUGGCUGGAGAUUAUGAAGAUAAGUUUCUAUUCAUUUGGUGUCAAGAAGAAUGCACUGACACAGGAUUCAAAAACAUUGACAAUAGAGGUAAACCUCUUUACUUGAAAGAGUUGAAGAAGAUAUGGGAAAAGGAAUGGCCAAAUGGAGAUCAAUUCUCACCUUCAAACACAUUGUUCAUUGAUGAAGAACCCUGCAAGGCAUUAAGAAAUCCGCCACAUACAGGAAUAUUUCCUCCUCCAUUCAAGGCAGACAAUGUCAAUGACACCUUCUUUGCUCCCAAGAAAAGGAUGAUGAAGAUCUUAGAAGGGCUAGCCGCCACAGAUGAAGAUGUUCCUUCGUACGUUAAACAACACAAAAUAGGUCAGCCAGCAAUUGGUCCGGCACAUCCUCAUUGGAAUUACUAUCGAAAGGUCGUCCAACCGCCAACUCCCCUAAAGGUCCCAGGAAAAUCAAAACAAGUAAAACAAUCUUGGAGGGUAAAAACUAGUUAGUGGUAUGUUUGACUACUUAUCAAUAUUAUUGGUUCUGUUCAAACUUCUUUUUUCAGCUCUUACAUUGG